GGGCCCAGCCAAGGUAUAUGGCGCUAGUCCUGAUUCGCAGCGUGGCAGGGAGGCCCUGGGUGGCUGUGCUGCUUUGAAAACUGGCCUCUGGUCACCUGCCGCGAGUAGGGGACAGGCUGCUGGUACUCUGUGCUGCCCUGGCCAUGCCCACGGCUGCUGCCAUCCCACGUGUUCAGCCAUUCCCAUGCCACACUUCCAUGGCCACCACGGCAGUGCCACCCUGUGCUUUUGCUUUUCUUGGGCUUGGUACCUAGCGUGGUUUGACAUAGCUUGGGCUUUAGGUCCUGGAACUGCCGUCUUGCCUGGUCCUCUCACCUUGUUCUUCAGCGUGGUGCCAGGGUGGUGUGCUGCUAGAGGCUGGGGUAAAGGCAGACACAAAGAAUCCACCUUCCAGGGAGGUGGUGAGGGAGCAGGGCUCACACCUGGGAGAUAGGGCAGCAGUGAAACCUUGGAGGGCAUAUGACCACAGGACCACAGGAGGAUGGUGGCCCUGAUGGGCUGAAUUUGGGUCCCUAGUGCCAGUCUUUGCCACUUCCUGCAGCAAGGGCAUGUUCCCAGCAUGGAUUCUUGUGCUGGAGGGACUCUUAGGUGCAGUUGGUAAGGAGGCUGGCUGAGCUUAGUGUAAAAGAUCUCUUAUUCUGGACAAUAGUGGAAUCAGUGCAGCAUCAAUCAUCAUCUGCAGGGACAUGCCCUGGCCAGAGGUGAUGGGAUGGGGCUGGCAGGAGCCCCUGGGGGCUCUGUGCAGACAGAUACCCUCUGCUUGCCUUGGGCCAUCCCUGCCACCUGCUGCCCUGGCUUGCAUCAUCUCAUGCACAAGCUGCUGAAACCAGGGGUGGCAGUGGGUGAUGUGAUGUCUUGUAUCUUCUUUGGUCCUUGUAAUUUCCUCCCCAAUCUCUGGUGUCAGCUGUUUUGCCUGGGCUUUGUGCAAUUCUUUGGCUGCCCCACUCUGCCCCUUGCUGUCGCUGUUCUGCCCUCUGUUCCAUCCCCCCACCAGCCCUUGCUGUGGAGCUGCAGGGUGGUGUGAGCACUAGCCACUGCAGGCUUUGGAGGCUGGGAUCCUGCAGGAGAGAAGGCACAGCACUGAGGUUUGGUGAGAGAGGGAUGCUGCAUCUCUACUGGCCCUCAGAGGAGAACUCUGUGAAGAGGAUGUGGCUGAUUAGCAGUGGUGGGGGAUGCUGCUCUGGAGACCCCUCACCCAGGGCUCAGGGCUGGCAGCUGCAGUGGGUCAGAGGAGCUGCCAUGUGUUGCCUUCCUCCAGUGACCUGUGGACCCCUGUGGGAGGGUGUGAGUGCUUUCAUGGGGUGUGAUGCUGGUCAGGGACCUGUCCAGUGCCAGGUGAUAAAUGGGUGUGUGGCACCAGGAGAGAAGGAAGUAGUUCUGCUCCUGCCUGUCCCCUCACAGUCCCCAGCUGGUGCUGCCCUUCUCUGGCAUGUUUGCUCUGGUUGUGACUGUGCUCACUUUUCCCCUAGAUAUGUCCCUGCAGGCAACCAGGAUGUUCCAGCCUUUCCCCGUCGCCUCCACCCACCUGGCUGGCAGCAGGGCGGGAGCAGGAUGCAGGCAGGAGCAGAGGGAGGCAGUACUGAGCAGGGGGUAAAGUUUUGGGGAGGCAGCUUCCCUUGCAGGGCUGUGUUUAUGGAUCUGUGGGUAAGGAAAGGGACUGAUGCUGGAAGAGGGAGUGGGACACAGCUGGCAGACUUCAGAGUCCUGGUGAGAUGCUUGCAUGUUUGCUCAGUGCCUCUUUGCCUGCCUCUUCCUUGCAGGAUUUGAAUCAGCUGCCUGGUCAGGAUGAGCUGGAGUUUCCUGACGCGGCUCCUGGAGGAGAUCAACAACCACUCGACCUUCGUGGGCAAGAUCUGGCUGACUGUCCUCAUUGUCUUCCGCAUCGUGCUGACGGCCGUGGGGGGUGAGUCCAUCUACUACGACGAGCAGAGCAAGUUUGUAUGCAACACGCAGCAGCCGGGCUGUGAGAACGUCUGCUACGACGCCUUUGCGCCCCUGUCCCACGUCCGCUUCUGGAUCUUCCAGAUCAUCAUGGUGGCCACGCCGUCGGUGCUGUACCUGGGCUUUGCCAUGCACCGCAUCGCUCGCAUGCCUGAGUCCUCACGGCGCCGGGCGCCGGCAGCGCGGAGGGGGCGCAUGCCCGUGGUGCGCCGGGGAGCCGGGCGCGACUACGAGGAGGCAGAGGAUGACAACGAAGAAGACCCCAUGAUCUUUGAGGAGAUCGAGGUGGAGAAGGAGAAGAGCCCAGAGGGUGGAGAGAAGCACGAUGGCCGGCGCCGCAUCAAGCAGGACGGGCUGAUGCGGGCCUACGUCCUGCACUUGCUGUGCCGCUCGGUGCUGGAGAUGGUUUUCCUCUUCGGGCAGUACCUGCUGUACCGCUUCGAGGUGAGCCCCUCCUACGUCUGCAGCCGCAGCCCCUGCCCGCACACUGUCGACUGCUUUGUGUCCCGCCCCACUGAGAAGACCAUCUUCCUCCUCAUCAUGUAUGCCGUCAGCGGGCUCUGCCUCUUCCUCAACCUCUGCGAGCUCUUGCACCUUGGUGUGGGGCGCAUCCGUGAUGCCCUGAGCCAGGCUGAUGGCCCCCCGCUCCCAUCUGGCGACAGCCCUGCACCACAGUACCCCAAGAAAGCCCCCAGCGCCCCCCCCACCUAUCACUCGCUGAAGAAGGAGCUGCCCCAAGCCCCACUGACCAACGGCAAGCUGGACUACCGGGAGAGCCUGGCCCAGGGGCGCUUCGCCCUGGCUGGAGCUCCCCCGGUGCACGAGCUGGACCGGCUGCGUGAGCACCUGCGCCUGGCCCAGGAGCACCUGGAGGUGGCCUUCCACCUGCAGCCCCCCCCGCGGCCCCCCAGCCCCGCCCGCAGCAGCAGCCCCGAGGCCAACGGCAUCGCCGCCGAGCAGAACCGCCUCAACCUCGCCCACGAGAAGGGGACCGCCGCCUGCGACAGGACCACGGGGCUGUGAGUGCUGCCAGGGACAACAGCGGUGUCUGCUGGAGUGGCUGCCACGGCCACCGUGGGACAGGCGUCCUGCCAGGAGCACAGGGCCAAGGAUGCCACACACCUGCCCAGCAGGGCAGUCUGGGCAGCACUGUCUCAGUGGGCAGUGGAGGGAUCAGGGGCUGUUGGGUUCAUUCCUACGUAAUUUUCAGAAAAGGGAAUAUCUUAUUUUUAUACGUUUUUAUAAACUCAUCAACAUGUG